AUGGAAGACAACUGCUGCGCGAGUGUUGGCAGGCUGGCCGUCGAUUCGACUUCGGGAGAGGCACGGCCCUAUCAAUUUGUAGGGAUCGCACCCAACCCCUUGACCGAUGACCUCAAGGAAGUCCACCGCCGACGAGGCGUCUUGAUUCCCCUAAAGACCACACAGGAGGUCCGGCAGGAUCACACGAUAUCUGCAGCCUACAUCACAAGGGCCCCGACAAAGUCGGCCAACGAUGUAAUCUCAGUCUUGCGCGCACUGAGACCUGAAGGCAGCGCUAACCCCCUGCCUCAUCUUCGUACCUGCGCAAAGCCGUCGGAUCUGCCGGCGCACAUCAAGACGCAGCUCAUGAACGACACCGCUGCCGGACGCCAGAUCCAUACGGCCAAGUCUGCCUGGAUCUACAUCAUCGUUGGCGAGGUCAAGGGAUUCGACAAGGAAGAAAUCGUCCAGAGCCUGUCCCGGGUGGAAGGGCUCGAGGAUGGUGUCUUCGUUGCCACGAUCCCCAUCCCUCUGCUGGCGCCGACGUCACAGAUACAGGCAGCCAUGUGGUCGUCCCAGUUUUGGCCGACCGUGUACCGUAAGAACAACCCGUUGGGCCCUCAUCCUAGCAUGGUCGGACGCGGCACAGACGAGAUCAAGGACGACGGAUCCAUCUUCAUGGCUCUCGCCCAUCGCGUGGCCUUGCAGGCGAAGCGGGCCGGCAUCGGCGAAGCCAUGGGCGCCGUCAUCGUCCAGCGAGGCGAAGAUGGUGCCGAGGUGAUUGGCCUCGCCGGGGAUGCCCGCUGGCAUCAGGAGUUCGGUCUGGGGAUCCCCAACAACACCAUGACUCACUGCGUCCUGCGGGCCAUCAGCAUGGUCGCCCAGAAGCUCGUCCGGCACGAACGUCGGGCCGCCGGUCUCGAGUUUGCGUACCCCAACCUCGAGUACAACGCGUUCCAGGACCGACCCCUGCUGGAACUAGAGACGGAGUGCUUCCACCAAGAGCAUCCGAACAAGGAAGGCUACCUCUGCCAUGGGCUUGAGCUGUACGUCACGCACGAGCCCUGCGUGGCCUGCUCCAUGGGCAUACUGCACUCAAGAAUGGGCAAGGUCGUGUUUUGCAACCACAUGCCCCGUACGGGCGGGUUAAGCUCCGAUGACCGCCCCGACGGAGGUGGACGAGGCUUGGGGCUCUUUUGGCGCCGGGAGCUCAACUGGAGCUUGCUGGCGUGGGAGUGGGAGCGUGAGGGCGUAGCCGAAUUGCCUCUCGUCGACCCGACCACUCAUGUUUAG